GAUGUGACGCCGACAAACUCGGAAGAUAUGUUUGUAAUAUUUGGCCUAAUAAUGGUUGGGCUUGCGCUGGUGAGUAUGUGCAUUAAUGUGGUGCAAUUGAAGCUUGAACAACUGUUCGAAGAGUUAUUGGUGAUGGUGCUCGAGGAGUAUAAGCAAAAAGGUGUACCGCAGGAGGAAAUGAUUGUUCCUAGUAAAACAGAUCUUAUGGCAAUGUGGCACAUGCUGCGAAAAAGAAGGCGCCAAAAAAGUGCAGAACGACAGGUUGGAAAGAAAAGCAGUGCGCUACUGCGGAUAAGACGUGGUCGACAAGCACUUUUCGAGCAGAUUCAUCGCGCACUAUACAUGGUGGAAAAAGGUACACAAACAGAUUCCAUCGCUGGCGGAUAUUUGGCGGUGGGUGAAGAAUGCACCGACAAGCAGUCUUGGUCCGAAGUAUCUAUCUUAACGCCAGUGACGAAUCCUGUACUUCGUAUCGGAACGAGAUAUGUCGAAGAUAUCAAGUUGCUCCUAACUACGUGUUAA